CCAGUAUUGCGUCGAAGCACGGUAUCUCGCCCAUCCAGUUCAUCACCUGGAACCCCAAUGUUGACGGUGCCAGCUGCUCAGGCCUUCGGGCCAACGCCUGCAUAUGCGUCCGAGUUAUCGGGGCGAGGCCGACCCUGACAACGGCAUCUCAACUCCUAUUCCGACGCAGCCCGGAUUGGUUGGAAACUGUAUGGGUUCUAUUUCGUUAGGUGGAUGACGCCUCCGCUGAUAUUGUGGCGCGUCCUGCGCAGUUUACCAUCCGGAACAACGUUGGCUUCACUCACCCGAAUUGAAGCCAAGUUGUCGCAGAACGCUGGCCUUGCUGAGGGGAUUCAGACAUCCACCGCAGAAACUUCUCACGGCAAACGCAAGCGAACUUGUCCAGCAAGCGAGUUACCACAGAGGCAGAGGAAUUUCAAGGACGGAACAUUGUCACAGGAAGGCCUGUACCCCAGAAUAUCACAUGUCCUAGGACAUAUCCUCAAGUGCCAAGAGUGGCUAAAACAGAUUGUCCUAAGAAACAGAUCCUAGGAAGUCACACGACCUAGGACAAUCUUAUUGCUGCAACCAGCCUAAAUA